AUAACACUUGUUCCUUAACGGAUCGAAAGGAAAAAAAAAAAAAAACACGGAAAGAAAACGCCAUGAAAAUUUUGACGCUCUUCGUCCUUCUCAUCCUCCCCCAAAUCGUUUUUCCAAAUGCCGGAUUGGUUCGAUUGGCGGAGGCAGGCAAGCGGCGGAUCGAAAUCACCGACGAUCUCGACGACGUUGUCGACGGUGAAGAAGACGAGGCUUGGAAGGAAUGGGGGAAAAAAACCACCUCCGUAAACCUCGGUCCCCCACCCGAUUUUUCUAAUUUCGACAUUGAGAAGAUUCAGACCGAUAUGAUGAAGCGGACUACGGGGCCGAUUUUCGGGUUCGUUAAGCUCCGGUUUGGUGUUGAACGCACUCCGGACAUGGUAGGUGAGAUUGCUAAGAAGUGGACUCAGAUUCUGAGAACGGGAGCUUUUGGGGUGAGGUUCAUGGGUGUUGAUCGCUCUACCAUUAUGUUCAACAUGGAAGAAGGUCAAGACACCUUUGAGUUGAAGGACUUCCUAUUAAGUCAACCGGAGGCUUAUGAGGUGAAGAUUGGGGAAAAAGCUUUCCGAAGACCUGGAGAUCCUCCAUUGGAAGUCGUCCUUGAGAAACUUCAUGCUGAGAAUAACAAGGCAGACGAUACUAAUCUCAAACAUGAUGAUGGGCAUCUUAAUGAUGAGUUGUAGUUAACUUGCAGUCAAUGCAUAAUGUUGUCAUCAUCCUGUAGUAUCUAGGACUGAGAAAUGAAAAGUUUCCCAAUUAACUACAACUCAUAAUCAAGAUGCUCAUGCUCAGAAAACAACAGAGCAGAUGAUACUAAUCCCAUCGCCGAGCACUCUCCUUGUCUCCUACAUUUUGUUAACCUAGAGAUUCCUUCUCCUUCAAGUUAAGUAAGUUUUUUUUAGAGCUUCUCUUCACUCUGUCACUGUUAUCACAUUACUCAGCAAGCCCAGUAUGCUUGCUCUGCUCUAAUUAGGAAAGAGGUUUCCAGUCCUUCUAUCAUUUUAUCAUAUAUGUUUAAGUGUAGGAAUAUGGUGAAAACAAGCCAAAUACUUGAAUACUUAAUUUGUUUUAGCUUAAUGUUACUAAACUCAAAAUCCUAUUUGAUUCCUUUUUUUGGAA